GCGGAUGUCCGUAUGAUGCUGGAUAUGAGGAAUAUGCUCCGCGAUUGCUCGUGAGAUGACAGCAGUUCCUUCUGGUAAACUCUAGAAUUACAAGGGCAAGAAAUUUUAUUCGAUGCUCCCAUUUCUGAGUACACAGAAGUGUGAUGGGAAUGGGGAUGAGUGGCGAUAGGAAGAGGUUCUUUAACGCCUUGCAUCUCUACUCUGCAUUGACAGAUAGAUGUUCAGCGUCUUGAACAAACUUUGCUGUCCACCCAGGGGACGUACAAAAGCCUCGUCGAACAAACCAUCAGCUGCAAAGGACAAGAAUAAGGACAAGCAUUCGCAAGAUCGCAAGAUGCCCUUUGUAUCUCUCUCAGAUAUCCGUGAGGUUGACUACAUCAUUGUCGGAGGUGGAACAUCGGGCUUGACCCUGGCAGCACGAUUGACGGAGGACUCGAACAUUAAAGUACUCGUUAUCGAGGCGGGUGGCUAUUAUACAUCAGUGCCAGAGAUCGAUGUUCCAGGUCUUUUGGGCCGUACGGUCGGAAACCCGAAAUAUGACUGGAGCUUCGUGUCUGUCCCGCAAAAGCGCGCAAACGACAGGGUCGUUCGUCAACCGCGUGGAAAGGGUUUAGGUGGAUCUUCACUGAUAAAUUACCUUGGUAUGUUCCGGCCGUCCAAGGCAGAAUGUGACGCUUUAGAAGAGGUAUUCGGCAACAAAGGCUGGAACUGGGAUUCGCUGCAGUAUUAUGCUAAGAAGAGUGAGACAGCGUUCCUUCCGAAGUCUUUUUCAGCAAGUGAUGCGGAGGCUAUUGCUGCGAAGCCAGAACCAGACCUUCAUGGAACAAAUGGACCACUGUUUAAGUCAUUGCCACCGACGUGGACAAAAUCGCAAGUGCAACUUUUCGACUCUGCUGAAGCGCUCGGGAUACCCAGGAACUCCGAAACAUGUGGCGGGAAGACUGUUGGUUCCAUGACUGCGUUCUCUUCUAUUGAUCCUCGUACAGCUGUGCGAUCUCAAGCUGCGAAUGCGUAUCUGGAGCCACACCUUGGACGCGACAAUCUCUUGCUGCUCACGGAUGUUCAAGUAACAAAGGUUCUUUUGGAAACCGGGCCUGAUUCGUUGCAGAAGGCAAUUGGAGUGGAAGUCUCGAAGGACGGUAUUGUCUCUGAGAUCAAGGGGGUGAGAAAGGAUGUGAUUAUAUCCUGCGGCUCUUUGCAAACACCCCAAAUCCUGGAGCUGUCUAGUAUCGGCAACCCAGCAAUUUUGUCGAAGUUCAACAUUCCGACCAUCAUCGACCUUCCUGGAGUCGGCGAGAACCUCCAGGACCAUGUCAGUGUUUCAACCAUUGUUGAGAUCGAUGAUACGGAGGAAUCGUAUGAUAGUCUCAAGGAUCCCGAAACAUUCAAAAAGCACGAAGAGCUUUACAAGCAGCAACAGGGGCUUCUAGUUUAUGGACCAGUUCCUGCAUAUAUUUUCCUUCCUGCCUCCGCCCUCGGAACGAAGGAUGAGUUGGCAUCCUGGCAAGAACAUGCCCGUACUUAUCGUUCUGAAGGACUAUCAAGCGCUAUACCUUCCUUGAAAGCGGGUUUAGAGAAGCAAUAUGCUCUACUGGAGAAGCUGUUCGCUGACUCAAACCAAGCUCAAGCAGAACUUUUACAGUUCUUGGGCCACCCGAGAAUACCAUAUUCGACUCCUGUUGCAGGGAAGCGUUACACUUCACUACUUUGUGCACUCAUGCACCCCUUGUCUCGCGGAUCGGUCCACAUCGCUUCUUCCGAUCCUCUUGCACCUCCUGCUAUCGACCCAAACUACUUCGCGAACGAAGCUGAUCUUGAUUUGCUCGCGCAUAUAGUUCGCUUCGCAGUCCAGCUGUACAACACACCUCCGUUAAACAGUAUAGUGAAGGCUCAAGUCAUUCCUUCAAAGGAAAUUCUUGACGGCGGCAUCCCUACGCUUAAGGAGUAUGCAAGGGCGAACUGUGGUCCAGUGUAUCAUCCCAUUGGCACGGCUGCAAUGCUCCCACGUGAGGAUGGUGGUGUCGUGGACAAUACUCUCAAAGUUUACGGGACGAGCAAUCUCCGCGUGGUCGACCUGUCGAUCCUACCGCUUGAGUUGUCCUGUCAUACGCAAGCAAUGGCAUAUACAAUCGGGGAGAAAGCUGCAGAUAUUCUUAAGUCUGAGGUUGGGGGACAGUAAUCGUAAUGAGGAACGAUCAACGUAGUCAACAAUGUGUGAAUGGCAACUAUAUUCAACUGAAAGAAUUUCCUAGCUGGAAAUCAAAUUGAAUUGUUUGCGGGAAUGCUCGGCUUGCGAACGAUAAGAAAAUGUUCAACGCGUCAACGUUUCAUAGACCUGAAGAACCCGACAUGGGAAAGGUUGUACCCUAGGACAUUGAAGAAGACUUCUCUCCUGUUGGGCGACUGAAUACAGAAUGACGAGCACAGUCUGGUAGACUCCGACGUAAACGGAAUAAUUUCAUAUAUAUAUCGUUUCG